CGCUGCCUCUCUUUGUCCCGGAGCAUCCCGCUGCGGAAAAGCCGCAGAAUGUGCACCGUGAAGCUGCUGCGGGUGUCGGUCCACGAGCGGAUCAGCGCCGCCGCUGAAGACUUCCUGCUGCAGCUGGAAAAAGGAGAAGAAGCGGCCGAGCUACCGGCGCUGAGAGCGCUGCUGACCGAGCGGCUGACGGCGGCUGCAGAGGAGAUCGUCGCUCUGUUGGAGAAAACCGUGGCGGAGUACGAAGACAGAGUGGAGCGCUCAGAGCGGGAGAUCUGCCGGCAGAGGAGGCUGCUCGAUGCCGUGCUGAAGCCCGAAGUCCGGCUACACGCAGCAGGAAGUGCUUCGAUCAUCCCGAUCACCAAUCAGAGGACAGCUGAGACUAAAGCAACUGAUGAGCAGUGUGCAGAUCUUCUGCAGUCAGUGACACUGUACGACCCAAAUGACCCCGCAGAUCAGAAUCCGUCCAGCCCCGAACAACAUGACAGCAGUGACGCUUCCUGUCCAUCAUCACCUCCUUCCCCCUCACCGUCAUACCACCCACCCCUCUCUGCAAGCAGUGACGGAGACCCAGACAGUGACUGGAUUGAACAUAGUCGGACACUCAGGCCUCUGAGAAGGAAGAAGCGUGGCCGACCACCCCUCAGUGUCAGGAGCAACCGGAGGCGCUCAAGUCUGGCUCAGAGCUUCAGCUGCCAUGUGUGCGGGCGCAGUCUUCAGGGGAAAGGCUUCCUGCUCAAACACGUCCUGCAUACCUGUGCCAGCAACCCAGACUGCCACUGCGGUUAUUGCGGUGAGCACCUGGACUCUGCCGAUGGCCUGAAGGCUCACCUCCAGAUGCAUCAGAACAACAGCAAAACAUGCUCCUUCUGUGGGAAAACCUUCCACUCCAUCCUGGCGCAGGAAAUGCAUGUGCGGUUGCACACGGGAGAGAAACCAUACAGCUGCAAUUUCUGUGGCAAGAAAUUCAGUCAGAAGGGCAACCUGACAUCACACUUGCGUGUUCAUGCUGCAGAGAAACUUUUCAAAUGUAAAGAGUGCACCCGUGCCUUCUGUCACAUGAGUUCAUUGGAGCGCCACAUGGAGGAGCACAGAAGUGUGGCGGUGCACACCUGCAGCGUAUGUGGUGAGGAGUUCAGUAAGUUGAACAGCCUGCGCCGACACAUGGUGACUCAUCAGAAGGACACUGGCCUCAAAACAAAACGGAACCGCAGCUCGGUACCAUCCUUUCGCUGCAAAGUGUGUGGGGACACCUUCGACAGGAAGACCCUCUUAGUGAAACAUGUGGAGACUCACCUGCAGGACCCGAAUUCCUGCUGCGGCCUCUGCGGACACCAUUACGAGUCCGCCGAUAGCCUCGCCACUCACUUGCGCUCCCACCGCGAGGCUGGAGGCACCUGCAGCAUCUGCGGGAAGUGCUUCCCAGGCCAGUCAGCAUUGCAGAUGCACCUGAGGAUUCACACGGGGGAGAAACCCUACAGUUGCAGCUUUUGCGGGAAGGCCUUCAACCAGAGCGGCAACCUGAAGACACACCUGAAGAUCCACACAGGUGAACGCGCAUUCUCCUGCAGUCUGUGUGGGAAGGGCUUUACCCAAAAACAGACCCUGGACACACAUGUCCGCUUUCACAACAAGGAGCGCCGUUUCUUGUGUCAGGUGUGUGGAAAGGGCUUCAUGCAAGAUGUGGACCUGAAGAGACACAUGCUAAUCCACACUGGGGAGAAACCAUACACCUGCAGGGUCUGUGGGAAGAGCUUCCAGGCCAAACGCUCACUCAAUGGGCACCUCAAAGUCCACUUAGCUGGGCAGGAGGACACGAGACUGGAGCCACAGAGGACGGACAGCUUCUACUCAGGAUUUAUCCAACUGUAGAACCACAUGACCUCUUCAUGAUUGCUCCAAGGGAAAUGUGUUCACAACACAGAGAGCUGAAAGGUGACAGGAAAUGUCUGAGAGAGAAUCAAAUCUUUUAAAAGUUGGUUAUGUCUCUGAUAGUCUACUUCUUCUUUCAGCUGCUACCUUUAGGUGUUGUCACAGCAGAUCAUCUGCCUCCACCUCACCCUAGCACCCAGCAUCCUCCUGUCACACCAACCCUCUGCAUUGUCGUCUUUCACUACAUCCAUGAACCUUUUCUGAGGUCUUCCUCGUUUCCUCCAGCCUGGCAGCUCCAUUUUCAACAUCCUUUGUCCAGUAUAUUCACCAUCCCUUCUCUGCUUAUGUCCAAACCAUCUCAUACUUGUAUCUCUAACUUUGUCUCCAAACUGCUCAACCUGAGCUGUCCCUCUGAUGUACUCAUUUAUAAUCCAUCCAUGUCCCUUCCAAUGUAGAUCUUCAGCUUUGCCUCCUGUCUUUGGGUCAGUUUGCCACCAUCUGCAAACGAUACAUACAACCAGGUCUCACUACCAUCUUGCAAACUUUCCCUUUCACUCUUGCUGCUUACCUUCUGUCACGUCACCCCGACACUCGUCUUCACCCACUACACCCUACCUGCAUUCUCUUCUUCACCUCUCUGGUUCACUGUCCAUUGCUUUGGAUGGUUGACCCCAAGUAUUUAAACGGGUCUACGUUCACUACCUCUGCUCCUUGCAGCUUCACUGUUAAUGCCUGUCUCCCUCUCAUUCACACACAUGUAUUCUAUCUUGCUUCUACUGACUUUCAUUCCUCCGCUCUCCAGAGCAUACCUCCACCUCUCCUGGCUCUCUACCACAUUUAGCACCCCAUCAUAUUCUUUCUCUAGAUUCACAAAGGCACAGUGAAGCUCCUUCUGACCUUCUCUAUACUUCUCCAUCAACACUCAAAGCAAACAUCAUACUGCUGCUCACUGAUCAUCACCCCUCUUCUCAGCCUAGCUUCAGUAACUCUUUUCCAUAUCUUCAUGGUAUGGCUUAUCAGCUUUAUCCCUCCGUAGUUACUACAGCUCUGCACAUCACCUUUGUUCUUGAAAAUCAGUCCCAGUACACUUCCUCAGGCAUCCUCUCACUCUCCAAGAUUGUGUUAAACAAUCUGUUCAAACUUCUAGGCAUCGUCAUACCUCCACAGGUAUGUCAUCUUAACCAACUGCCUUUCUAUUCUUCAUCCUCUUCAUAGCACUCAUUUCCUCCUUACUAAUCAUCUGCACUUCCUGAUUGACUAACUUCCCUCCAUCUGUCCUCCUUCUUCUCUCAUUUUCAUCAUUAACUCCGCAGACUACUUCUUCCAUCUUUUCAGCACACUCUUCACUUGUUAGCACAUUUCCAUCUUCAUUCUUAGUCACUCUAAUCAGCUCCACAUUCUUUCCAACUUGAUCUCUGACUUGCCAAUCGAUACAAGUCCUUUUCUCCAGUCUCACAUGCAUCUGACUAUAAGCCUUUUCCUUUGCUCUCUCUUUUGCUGUAUUCCUAACCUCCCAGUAUUCCUUCCUGUCUACUUUCUUCAUCUUGCUAACCUCUUCCUUUGAAUAUUUUCCCGUACUUCCUCAUUUCACCACCAAGUCUCCACGUCCUCUUUCCUCUGUUCAGAGGAUACACCAAACACCUUCUUGGGAGUUUCCUUCAUCCCUUCAGCUGUUCUUUCCCAGUCAUCUCCUUACCACCCAGAGUCUGUCUCACCUCCUCCCAGAACUCUGAGCAACAUUCUUCCUUCUUCAACUUCAACCAUUUAGUAUUUGCCUCUGCCCUCACUCACUUCCUCUUCUUGAUGUUCAGUCAUCCUAAAGACUACUGCAUAGUCCUACAGACUACCAUCUGAUGCUGCGUAGCUGUACUCUUCCCAUGUUGUGUUUUCUGACUGUAGACGCCUUUUUUGUCACGAGAUUUG